AAUUAGUGACAUUAAGAAUGUUCGCACAGAAAAUUUUAACAAAGUGGUACAGGAUGGCCUCUGGUAGUACGACGGACCUAAUCUGCAAAUUGGAGCAAGGCGAGUUGAAAGGUCAAGUCCACAAAGACAUCGACGGUCACCCGUUUCUGAGUUUCAUGGGUGUUCCGUAUGCGAAACCACCGGUGGGUGAACUUCGCUUCAAGCCACCUCGACCACCUGACAAAUGGAGCGGAAUUUUAGACGCCACCAAGGAUGGGAAUGUGUGCUAUUCCGUCCAGAACGACAUUACAGCCCCGACCAAAGGACCGAUCCUCUUCGGGUCCGAAGACUGUCUGUUUUUAAAUAUCUUCACCCGUCAGCUGAAUACCGAGAAUUUACGACCCGUGAUGGUAUUCGUCCAUGGUGGCGCCUUUGUAAGUGGGUCAUCCUCUAGAAUCACCUACGGACCGGAGUACCUCAUGACGGAAGACAUAGUGUUGGUACUAAUGAAUUACAGACUAGGAGUUUUAGGUUUCUUAACCAUAGACGACCCCUCUUUGGAAGCGACGGGUAACGCAGGCCUCAAAGACCAAGUCCAGGCGUUAAAAUGGGUCCAAAAAAACAUUAAACAUUUCGGUGGAGACCCUUCCAACGUCACUAUUUUCGGGCAAAGCGCCGGCUCCGUCUCCGUCCACUUCCUAGUUCUGUCUCCACUAACCCAAGGUCUUUUCCACAAAGCCAUUAUGCAGAGUGGUACCGUCACGUGUCCUUGGUCCCGCGGGAGAGACACCACUCAACAAAUAGCACAAGGCUGUAGUUGUAUUAACACCAAUAAGACCGAAAUGUUGCACUGUUUACAGCACACCUCCAAAGAGACUCUUCUCGCUGCCCAGACAAAACUACUUCUUCAAACUGUAGGUGCAGGUGCUAAGGCACCUUUCGGUCCCACUAUAGAAGUGGAAAACCCACAGGCUUUAAUAACUAAAGAACCUGUGGAUCUUAUCAAAUCGGGUAAAUACAAUCACGUUCCUUUAAUGUUUGGGUACACCGAUCUGGAAGGUAUCUUGAGCAUGAUGGACACGGACGCGCAGCUGCAAACGAAGCUGGAAGAUCCGGUACCAUAUUCGUUUAGGUACGACCACGGUAGUGAAGACUUUUUGAAACUAAGAAAGAAGAUUAAUCAGUUUUACUUUGGGAACGAUCAGUCGGAUUUUAGAAAUAAGGAAGUUGCUUUUAAGCUCAUCACGGAUGUUACUUUUCUGCGCGGGAUUGUCCAGUCUGCUAAAGCUCACGCCACGACAAGUCAACAACCGGUCUAUCUGUAUAGAAUGUCACUUGAUACUGACUUGAACUUCCUCAAGAAAGUUUUACAAUUUAAAUCCAAAGGGGUUUGUCAUGGUGAUGACCUGUUCUAUCUUUUUAAACCACAAUUUGUCAAAUUUAAUCCCAAAAGUAUUGAGGAAAAAUCAAUCCGGAGGUUUGUCAGACUGUGGACCAAUUUUGCGAGAUAUGGUGACCCUACUCCUCAGAAAGACACAUUAUUGAAAACCCACUGGUCUCCCAUGACUGAUAAAGAGUUUCAUUUUCUGGAUAUUGGAGAAGAACUAGUACCUGGAGUGGAUCCAGACCAUGCCAGACUACGAUUUUGGGACGACAUCAGCAAAGGGAUUAACGAGAGAUAUUAAACAAUGUCAGACACA